CUCUGUUGAUAUUUCACUUCCCAAAGGAAAGAUUGAAGGUCAAGAAGUUAAAAUGGAGGGAGGUACUGGAGGAAAGUUCAAAAUGCCUCAUAUGAAAAUGCCAAAUGUUGACCUCUCUUUGCCCAAAGGAAAGAUUGAAGGUCCAGAAGUUGAAAUAGAGGGAGGUACCGGAGGAAAGUUCGAAAUGCCUCUUAUGAAAAUGCCAAAUGUUGACCUCACUUUGCCCAAAGGAAAGAUUGAAGGUCCAGAAGUUGAAAURGAGGRAGGUACAGGAGGAAAGUUCGAAAUGCCUCAUAUGAAAAUGCCAAAUGUUGACCUCACUUUGCCCAAAGGAAGAAAUGAUGGUCCAGAGAUGGAGAUCAAAGGGGAGGCUGGAAAAUUCAAGAUGCCUCACAUGAAAAUGCCAGAUAUUAAUAUCUCACCACCCAAAGGAAAGAUUGAAGGUCCAGAAGUUGAGAUACAGGGAGGUACUGGCAGAGGAAAAUUCAAAAUCCCUCAUUUGAAAAUGCCCUCAGUUGAUAUUUCGCUGCCCAAAGGAAAAAUUGGCAAAAUUGAAGGGGCAGAGCUGAGGAUAGGGGUAGAUGGAGAUAAAUCCAAAAUGCAACAAGUGACAAUGCCCUCAGUUGACAUUUCAUUGCCAAAAGGAAAGACUGAAGGCCCCAAAGCUGUGAUGAACUUACCAACUGUUGAGGCAGGAGGGAAAAUUAAAAAACCACAAGUCUCGUCACUGGAUAUAGAAAUCGAUGCGACCUCUGGAAAACCUAAAAAAGACACAAAGACUCAUGGGGAAGUUGAUUUGCAUGGUGAAGGAGAGCACAAAGGUCUGAAACUCAAGAUGCCAACAAUAGAUAUCAAAGGUCCAAAAGGAGACUUGGAGCUUGAUAUAGGAAUUCAUAGAGGAGAGGAUAAAACAGACAAGAAAAAAGUUGAACUACCUGACCUGGAUCUCAACACAGCAGGAACUAGCAGCAAAGCAAAAGGGCCUAAAGUUAAAGGAACAAAAUUCAAGAUUGGAAAACCAAAAAAGAAAACUGGCAAAGAUCUAGCAGAGAAGGAGCACGGAUGCAAGGUCAAAGAAAGAUUUGAGUAUGAAGUUGAAGUUGAAACUCACAAUGGACAUAAAGAUGACAAAGAUCGCAUUAACGUCUCUGUGUCGGAAGUUACAGUACCAGGCGUUAGUAUGAAAACCAAACAAGGUUCUACCAACCUAGAAACAAGGGGAGCAUUUGAGCUGUUAUCACAGAGUGGAGAGAUCAAAGUCCCCAGGAUUCCUGACAUAGAGUUUGAUAUUUGUACAUCACAAGAUGAAGAUGAUGAUAAAACAGAAAAAGGAAAGAAAAUCAAAAUCCCAAAGUUUGGUGUCCCAUUACCCUCCAUUUCCUCUCCCGAGAGAAGAAUCUAUGGGCCAGAAAUUCAGUAUGAGGGCCCAAAAAUGCCCAAAGUAAAGAAAGCUGUUUUUGUCUUGGUAAAUCCUUCCCAAACAAAUGAACCUCCUCCAUGCACAGGGCUCAUGCAGGAGGCGACGACAACUGAGAUUGAUACAGAGGACAUCAAAGUGAAGUUACCCAAAAUCAAAAUGAAGCCAAACUUUGGGAAGACAAAAGAUAAAUCAACCACUGCGAGCACAGAGAGAGAAUGGUUGAGAGAGGAGAAGUCAAAGGGAGGGAAGGUCAAUAUGUCUCAAGUGUCGUUUUCUCCGGGAAAAUCUGGGUCGUAUGAUGUCAAUCUCAAGGGAGACGGUUCAAGUUCAAGUCUCAAUGGUGAAAACGCUGCAAGUCCUAACAAUGAUUCCAAGGACAACAAAGGGACAUUCACUGGUAAAAUUAAACUCCCAAAGGUGGAGUUCACCAGUCCGUAUGGCAAGAUGGCUGCUGGGGAGGGAGACACUGAAAUGAGUGUGAAACAAGAAAAGGCGUUUUCAAAGGAUGUGGUUUCAUCUCAUGCCAGAACAGAAAUGCUGGACAGGGACAGCUCAGAGUCUCCUGGUGGUUCUGCCAUAGAGUUCAGCUCGACAAAGGUCCGUGUUUGGAGUGACAUGGAAAGCAAAAGUGCAGAGUCUGAAGAAAGAGAGUCUUCCUCCUGGUUCAAGGUCCCUAAGUUCACCCUGAAGCCACACUCCACAGGCUUCCUUCAGAUAACCCCCGAGGGUUCUCCUCAGGCCCAGAGGAAGGGGGAGGUGGGAGGUGAGGCCGACGUCUUGGGAUCCUUCUGCUUCCACACCUCGGGGCUGGACUUCACCACUCUGGAAAAGUCAGAAGAGCACCAAGUGUCCUCCACCGAGACGAAAACUCUUACCACGGUGACCAAGACCACCCGAGUCACCCAGUGCUUGGUUUCCACUGAAACACGAACAGGUGAUUCUUCGACAACAGUGACAACAACCAAACAGGAGUCCGACUUUAAACACUGAGGAUGCUGUAAUGAUUUCUUCAAUGUCUUUUCAGUUUGGUUGUUUUCUUUGGUGAGGUUGCAGUGUUCUCGUAAGCUCCACCUGCAACGUGGCAAACCUCUCUUAAAGAAACGUUUUUACAUUAUAUUUUAAUAGAUUAAGUAUGAAUGUGAUGAAAAGCAAUGACAUUUCAUCGACCAGCAAUAUUAUUAUAUCAUAUAUACUUCCUUUUUUUCAUUUUAAUAUGGCUGUAAUUUUGUUACUGUUCUUUGAGUUUUGUUCAGUUAGUUUAGUCCUGAUUAUUAUUGGCUUUUGUUUGGUUUUAAAGGUUUCACUCUGAAUGUAAACAUGUCAGAUUGCUUCUUUAUUUAUUGUUGUUUGUGUGUUCACAAUACGAUGGAAUGAGUCAUUGGCUCACAUCAGCUUCAUGGAUUUGACCAUGAUUUUAUGAUUAGUUCAAAAUAAUUAAUUUUGAACCACAACAGUCCAGGCCAGAGUAAUAUUUAUGUAAAUAUGACUUUAUUUAAAUUGCUUUUUUGAAGCAGUAACCCUUCAAUCUGAAAUGUAAUUAUUUUCAUAUUCACCAGAGUCAGGAGUGGAAGUUGUAUUUUUUCUGACCUGAUAACAUAUUUUGUUUGUCUCGAAGGAAAAGUGUGAGCUUUUUGGGAUCAUGGCUUGUUCUCAUUUUCUGCCAUAGUUUUUAUAUUUGAUUCAUUUAGCUGGUGCUGUUACCCAGACAUAUUCACAAUGAGUGGGCAGGACACUCUGGACUCUAUCUGCUGUGGGGAUCAAACCUGUGACCACCUGGUUGAAGGUUGCUCUCUGACAUAUAAGCCAACCUGCUGCUAAUCUAUUUUAUGUAUUUACUGUACACUGCCAGAUAAAGACACCACUGUAUAUUAUGUGAUUGAGGCUCAAAGAUACACCUCCUGAGUGAUGUUGAUGUUUUGAUGACAGCAAACUGGGAGGAUAUAUCGGUUUCUAUGGGUAAAUGCUAUUGUAAAGGUAAAAAUAUAUAUAUAAAAUAACCCUCUAAAAAUGAUAUCACUAAGGCUGCUACAAUGACACACAGGCUAAGGAGUGGCAAGCCUUCAGCUUUUUACAAAGGCCAUCACACAACAUAGUUAAUCUAUAGACAGAACAGAGAGGAUCAAAAAUAAAAGGAUGGAGGCAUGUUUUCUAAUUUCAUUAAAAUAUUCUCAAUAAUUCUUCUGUUUUUUGUAUGAAUAUUUCUAAGAAUGUCAAUAGAGGUUUACUUGCAGUUAAAAUUACAGAUUAAUAAAUGCAUUUUAUUACCUUUACCCAUUAUUUUUCAGGUGUUUCCUCCAUUUAAAAUAAAAGUUGCUCUGAGGGAGAAGAUAUAUAUUACGUAUAUAUAUAGAAUAUUUAUUAUGUAUUUAAAGUUUCACUCGCAAAUGCAGUAAAUACCAUUCAAAGCAAAAUUUACCUUUGAAAAGUUUUCAUUUUAUACAUUACUUAUUUAGACAUUUACUUGACAAAGGUUGCAAAAAUCUGAGGAAUCAAAACUAUUAUUCAAGAGGAUGUGAAGCAUUUGAGAAUGAAGACCUUAUCACUUUACUUGGUUUAUUUACUCGGUUGGUAGAAGGAAUGAAAUCGUGUGAUUGUCCUCACAAAUCCUCUCCCACAUUUUUUACAUUAACAUUUAAUUCUGUACUUGUUUUGCAGAGUUUAGUGACACGUGGAGGUAACACACAUAAUUUCUGUGUCUAUGGAGAUUUUACACUUUCUGGUUUAAUCAAGUCUUCGCAUUUCUUUUAGAUUAUAAGGGUUUUGGUGCCAUGUGUUUUUGUCAAAGCUGCAUUGGAAAGAAUGUUGGUAAAGAUGUUUCAUCAAUAAAAAAA